UUUGGGCUGAGAUGAAGGAUGGAGUGAUUGAACGAUGGAGGCCGACUGGUGUUUCACGUCGACAUAAUUAAAAGCUUCAUCGGAGAUUCGCUGAGCUGCUGUUUCCUGAACAGCAUCAUGUUGGCCAGGAAGGGUCUCCUGCCGGACGGGUUCCUGCUGACCCGUCUAGCGGAGGACCAGAACCAUCCGAACCGCAGUCACUCCAGGUCUCAGAGAGCCCGCUUCAUCACCAAGACCGGAUCCUGUAACGUGGCUCACAAGAACAUCAGGGAGCAGGGUCGUUUCCUGCAGGAUGUUUUCACCACCAUGGUGGACCUGAAGUGGCAACACUCCCUCCUCAUCUUCACCUCGGCCUUCCUCUGCUCCUGGAUGCUCUUCGCUAUGAUCUGGUGGCUCCUGGCCUUCGCCCACGGUGACCUGGAGCCCCGCGACCCAAAUGGCGAGCCGGGCCCCAUUCCCUGCGUCACCGCCAUCCACUCCUUCACCUCAGCCUUCCUCUUCUCCAUUGAGGUCCAGGUGACCAUUGGUUUUGGUGGCAGGAUGGUGACGGAGGAGUGUCCUCUAGCCAUCACCGUGUUGAUCAUCCAGAAUAUUCUGGGGCUGAUCAUCAACGCUGUGAUGCUCGGCUGCGUCUUCAUGAAGACGGCACAGGCCAACCGCCGAGCAGAGACGCUCAUCUUCUCCAGAAACGCCGUCAUCGCUAGUCGAAACGGCCGUCCGACCUUCAUGUUCAGAGUCGGAGACCUGAGGAAAAGUAUGAUCAUCUCUGCCACCGUCCAGCUGCAGGUGAUCCGGCGCACCGUGACGGCAGAGGGCGAGGUGAUCCCGGUGUCCCAGCUGGACAUCCAGGUGGAGAACCCUCUGAGGAGUAACGGCAUCUUCCUGGUUUCUCCUCUCAUCAUCAGCCACACCAUGGAGAGAGGGAGUCCUCUGUACGAGCUCUCCGCCCAAUCGCUGGCCUCUGAGGAGCUGGAGAUCAUUGUCAUCCUGGAAGGUGUGGUGGAAACAACAGGGAUCACCAUGCAGGCUCGGACCUCCUACACUCCUGAGGAGAUCCUGUGGGGGAGGCGCUUUGUCUCCAUCAUGACAGAGGAGGACGGGCGUUACUGCGUUGACUACUCCAAGUUUGGCAACACGGUUCCCGUCAGGAUGUCGUCUCUCAGCGCCAAAGAGCUGGACCAGACCAGGGGAGUCCAGCAGGGCGGCUCUGACGCCCACCUGCAGGGCUGGGGGUUGGUCCGAGCUGGCAGAGGAGGCUUCCGCCGAGGAGGCCGGACCUGUGAUAGCUCCUCCCCUCAACCCUGGUACACCCAAUCAGACAAGCUAGAGAAAGACACUGAGCAGAAAGGACAGAAGAAGAAGGUCCAGCUGGAAGUGAUUGGACGACAGAUCGAAGAGGACGGACAGGGAGAGAUGAGUGACUGA